GCAGGAUCGACUAUCUCAUUGUCAACUGCUCCAGACUUGCAUGAGUCCUCAGGUAGACUUGGACGUCCUCAGUGUUUCUCAGACCUUCUCAGGUGUCUUUAGUUUUCUUCAAACCUCCUCAGGUAUUCUCAGAGCUCCUCAGACCUCCUCAAGUGUUUGCAGUGAUGCCGUGGCUGCUGUCCUCUCAGCUCGACUGCAUGUCUUCGUCUCCAUCUGAGCGGCAGUGCGAGCGGACAGCAUUCUCCUUCUACUGUUCCGUGCGGGAGCGACUUCCUGUCUGGCUGCUGGAGGACAUGCGCUGCAUGGAGGUCUUCUGCUGGGACGACGGCCACCCGAGAGCCUUCCUGCCAUCAGAGGCGCUGCUAUACGCCCUCAUACAUGACCACCAGGACUAUGCACGCUACCUGCUCAACAGGUACUCAGUGAGUGCGCUCAGAGCCCCGCGGUGCAGUUUCUGCUGCUGCCAUGGCAGUGGGGCACCACACCUGAGCAUUGCUGUGCGCUACGACCGCUUGGCGAUCCUUGGCAUGAUGAUGGUGGCUCUGAAGGCCUACGGGGAGCAGAGUAGGCGGCAGGAAUACCUGGACAGCUGCGGCAGCUGCUCACACGUUGCUGACGCAGGAAAAAGUGCCGUGCAGCUAGCAGUGGAGCUGUCGCACGCUGACUGUUUACUGUUGCUGCUGGUCGAAGGUGCCCAGCCUGUCGGCCUGGACACUGCUCUGCAGAGACUUGUUUCCUGCGAUGCAUCGGUGCGACGACAUGCACAGCGGUGCCUCGACUACCUGCUGCUGUUUCUGCCCAGCCCGCCUCCACUGCAGCGUCUGCAGGAUGAGCCACAGCGCUGGCAAAGCCUGCUGGGAAACGAAGUGUUCAGCUGGCUCUGCGGGCUGGCUCCACCCCCUCUACUGCUGCAGGCACUGCGGUGUUUGGUUCAGUUUGGGUCUGACCAGAUUAGCAUGCUGCCUGACUUCCUGCAACCACACAGCCGGCAGUGACAUCAUGUUAGCAUGGAGACCUUCUUGUGAUUGGACAGUUUGCCACUGAUGUGAACAAAAUGUAAAUAGACUGAAAGCAUCAGGCUUUAGGACCCCGAGCAGUCUGAUGGAGUAGCCCUGAGAUACCAGCUUCACCUGCCAUCAGUUUGAUUGAUCAGCUGCUCAGACAGGAAACAACAGUGUCCUGAGAACACGUGACGACAGACAGGAAACAGCACGCUAAAUAAAACCUCAAUAAAGUGUAAAUAAAGUGUAAAUAAAAUGUAAAUAAAAAUGUGAGUAAAGAGUGAAUAAAGUGUGAUGGUGAUCAAAUGUGAAUCUUCCUGAAUG